GCGGUGACUAUAAGGCGAAAAGCGGCGGCAGCAGGGACCGUGCAGCCGGAGCCGCAGGACUCGCAGCCCGGCAGGGAUGCUGCCGUUCCGCAGACCGGCGGCUGGACACCGCCAGUAAAUGUGGUUGAUUAGUUAUUAAGCGAUGAGCCGGUGGCCAGUUUGCCUCUGUACUGAACGCCAAGCUGCACUCAUAAGGGGUGGAAAGCGGAGUCACUGGCCGGCGGGAUGCGGCUCCGUCGGCUGCUCCUUCGGCGGCUCCCCGGGCGCAAUUUCGGGCUCUGGCUUUACUGGGUACAGUGCAAAGUGGAAGUCGGGUACAAUUUGAAAUUAUAGAUAUCAGUUUUAUAUCGAUUUCUGAAAAUCUACUUUAAGUUACUGUACAUCUGGGAAUUAAUGAUUAUCUCCUUAAGGGAUUUUGAGUAUGACAUGCAACUUAUCGUGUUGUUUCCAUGCAUGCGCUCAAUAUCGAGACCAUUGUGUAAAUAUCCGGCCUGUUUCAGAGCAACGUUACAUCGUUCAACUGUCUAGUCAAGGGCGUAGAUUUGGUUUCAUCACUGGUAGGAGCCCCCUCCCCCCCCCACACACAGUAAUCGGGCAAUAUUGGUAAUGAUAUUAAAAUCACCCAUCGCAAAUAGACAAUGCACUUUAUCUGUGAAAUGUCUGUGCCGCAAGGUAGAUGUUCUCACACUCUCUUCCGAGGACAGAUGUCUUGUUUGGCCGGAUAACUUGUCGGACUUAAGGUGUAAGAGCUGUCACUUUUGGCGACUCCAGACGUUCCCCCGAGGGUGGAGAGCUGAGGAUGGAGAAAGGACGGAGCUUCGAAGGCUGCUCACCAAAACUAACAUUUGAAUGUUGAGGUUGAUGGAGUGAGAGAGAGAGAGAGAGAGAAGGAAGCACGGAGAGAAGUGACUCAGGAAGGCGGUGGAAGACAGGUGGGAAUCCACUUAGCACUGGGAAGUGGGGGAGGACUAACACCCGCGGAGGAGGGAGACACAGGGAAAUAUAUACCGGAAGCAGGACGACAGCUGGAUGGAGAGCGAGAGGAGCAGCCAGGCGCGCUGCAGGUCAUGAUGACAUAGUGUCCAUGGCUGCCCACCAGCAGUGCCCCUUCAGGUCCGGCUCCGCGGUCCGUUCCUCAGCCAUCGCUGCGACUGCCGCUCCCUUCCGGCGGACAUGGCAGGGGUGUGGAAAUCGGUGCGCCGCCCCAGGUGCCCAGAGCUGCGUCUCCUUGUCCUGGCGCUCUUAGUCUUCUGCCUGCUCUCCGUGGCCCUGUUGGCGUACUACGUCAGCAGCGGGCCCAGGAUCAAGCAGGCCCCGCCCCCCUUGCCUGCGGUUGAGUGCCGGAUGAGCGCCUUCCCCGCAGGUCUCCCGCGGACCUCCCAGCAGGAUCCCGCCAUCCGCCGCAGUGGGCCCAGCUUCCCAGCUCAGCCGCGUACGGACCCAGUGGUGCUGCUUUUCGUAGACAGCCUCUACUCCAGGCUCGGCCAGGAGAUCGUGGCUAUUUUAGAGUCCGGACGCUUCCGGCACCACGUGGAGGCGGCUCCCGGGAAGGGCGCCAUGCCCGUGUUGGCAAGCCGGGACCGGGGCCGCUACACCCUCAUAAUCUUCGAGAGCCUCUUCCAGUAUGUCGGCCUCGAUGCCUGGAACCGGGAGCUGCUGGACAAGUACUGUGCUCAGUUCGGUGUUGGUGUUGUGGGCUUCCUCCGCGCUGCAGGAAGCUCGCCACCUGAUUCCCAGCUCCGAGGCUUUCCUCUCGUCCUGCUUUCGGUCCGGGGCCUGAGGGACUGCUUCGUGAGCCCCACUGCUCCCCUGCUCCGCGUCACCCGGCCUGGCGCCCUGCAGUCAGGCCCUCUGCCCGGGGACGGCUGGACUGUCUUCCGCUCCAAUCACAGCACGUAUCAGCCUGUGCUGCUUGCUCAGGCCGGCCUGCCUGGCCCCCCCUCCCAGGCUACACCACAGGCCACGGUGCUUCAGGACUUGGGGCUUUAUGACGGCAUCCAGAGAGUUGUCUUCGGCAACGGCCUUUCCUUCUGGCUGCACAAGCUCAUCCUGGUGGACGCCAUCGCCUACCUGACCGGCGGCCGGCUUGAAAUGCCGCUGGAGCGCUACCUGCUGGUGGACGUGGACGAUAUCUUUGUUGGAAAGGAAGGAACCCGCAUGAAGGUGUCGGAUGUUGAGGCCCUGCUCAACACUCAAAAGAAGCUACGCAACUUGGUUCCUAAUUUCACCUUCAAUCUGGGCUUCUCUGGAAAGUUCUACCAUACUGGAACGGAGGAGGAGGACCGGGGGGAUGACAUGCUCCUGGUGCACCGGCAGGAGUUCUGGUGGUUUCCCCACAUGUGGAGCCACAUGCAGCCACAUCUCUUCCACAACGUCAGCGUUUUGGCUGAGCAGAUGCUCCUCAACAAGCUUUUUGCGCAGGAGCACGGGAUCCCCAUUGACAUGGGAUACGCCGUGAGCCCACACCACUCCGGCGUCUAUCCUGUGCACAGACAGCUGUACGAGGCCUGGAGGGCGGUGUGGGGCAUCCGCGUGACCAGCACGGAGGAGUACCCCCACCUGCGGCCUGCACACUAUCGCCAUGGCUUCGUGCACGCCGGCAUUAAGGUGCUGCCCAGACAGACGUGUGGCCUCUUCACUCACACCAUCUUCUACAGCGAGUACCCCGGGGGCCCUCAGGAGCUGGACCGCAGCAUCCUGGGCGGGGAGCUCUUUCAGACUCUCUUACUCAGCCCUGUUAAUGUCUUCAUGACUCACCUGUCCAACUAUGGGAAUGACCGGCUGGGUCUCUUCACCUUUGAGUCCCUGCUGAAGUUUGUGCAGUGCUGGACCAACCUGCGGCUUCACACGCUGCCCCCGGUGGCGCUGGCUGAGAAGUACUUCCAGGUGUUUCCGGAGGAGAAGGACCCCUUGUGGCAGAACCCCUGUCACGAUAAGCGUCACAAAGACAUCUGGUCAAAGGAGAAGACCUGCGACCGACUUCCCAAGUUCCUCAUAAUUGGUCCACAAAAAACCGGCACCACGGCCCUGCACAGCUUCCUGAGCCUCCACCCUGCUGUCGUGAGCAGCUUCCCCAGCCCAGUCACCUUUGAGGAGGUCCAGUUCUUCAGUGGGCCCAACUACCACCAUGGCAUCGAUUGGUACAUGGACUUCUUCCCGCUGCCAUCCAACGCCAGCACAGACUUCGUGUUUGAGAAGAGUGCUGGCUAUUUUCACUCGAGUGUGGCACCACGCCGAGCAGCCGCCCUGCUGCCCCAAGCUAAGAUCCUGGCCCUGCUCACCAACCCCACUGAGCGAGCGUACUCCUGGUACCAGCACCAGAGGGCGCGCCGCAACCCCACUGCCCUGAACUACACCUUCCACCAGGUCGCAACAGCAGCUCUGUCCUCAUCCCCAGAGCUUCUGGCCCUUCAGCGAAGCAGCCUGAGCCCAGGUGCUUAUGCUUCUCACCUGGAGCGUUGGCUACGCCACUACCAGGCUGGCCAGAUCAUGAUCGUGGACGGCUCCCUGUUCCGCUCAGACCCGGUUCUAGUGAUGGAUGGUAUCCAGAAGUUCCUGCCGGUCACACCGUACUACAGUUACGCAGAGGUUCUGACGUUUGACAAGAGUAAAGGGUUCUGGUGCCAGAAACUGGACGGGGGCCGAACCAAGUGCCUGGGCAAAGGCAGGAAGUACCCGGCGAUGGCGCCGGAGACACGCAUCUUUCUCUCGGAGUACUACCGCGAGCACAACUUCGACCUGCUGAGGCUGCUGGGCCGCAUGGGGCAGACGGCGCCCACCUGGCUGAGGGAGGAGCUUCAGAGCAGUGGUUGGCGAUGAGUGUUUGGAUUUUAGGCGGUAGGGCUGCCUGGCACUGAGACCUAUGAUGAGGACUGGCUUUCCAUGGACUGAGACGGUGACCAAGGGCCAACAGAUCUUGGUUAUUCUGCCUCUUUUAACUGGAUGAUCUCAGUAGACUUUCGUCCCCACUGGCCUAGGAAGGCCAGCCAAUUGGUAGAAGCGAGGCCAUGACCUUUUCACUUCUGAAGGAGAGGCGUGAAAAGUGCAUGGUGUCAUGGUACAUCCAGCAGAUCCUAAAGUGGAGGUAGAGUGGGAACUUCAUGUGCUUCUAUGACAGACGAUCAAAUUACAAAAUUCCAUUCGAGAGAUCUGCGUAUCUAGAGCAAUUCCCAAGUCUAACGCACAGUCCUUCUCAGUCACAUAGGUUUGGAUUUGAAGACUGGGAAAGUUAUUCAAGCUGCAAUGAACCAAAGCUGUCAUCCACAUUACAGAACCUGUUAUCUGUAUUUUUUUUGUAACUUAUAUUGCGAUGGCAAUAUUGUCUGCAAUAAAUGCGUAGAAAGGC